AUGGCGAGCUGUUGUGACGCGUUCCACCUGAAACUGGGUGACGCGUUCCAUCUGAAGCUGUGCGACGCGUUCCGUCUUAAGCUGGGUGACGCGUUCCAUCUGAAGCUGGCUGACGCGUUCCAUCUGAAACUCAUUCUAUCUGAAGCUGGCUGGGUGACGGGUUCGGUCUGUCUGGCAGGAUGCCCGGCGAACGCGAGCGGCGAGCCGUCUCUCCUGCAGUGCAACGGACCCUCCGGACCAUCCUGCAAAUGCCCCGACCAACCGGACGGGGGAGCGGGAGCGGGAGUGGCCGGUUGGCUGGAGGACCUCGUCACCGUCACGGCCUACCCGUACGUAUGCAACUGCACCGUCGAAACCGGCUUCACCACGGCGCUCGACAUACGCGUCAACCUCACCGGCUGGAGAGCGCUGGGUCUGGUGCUGCUGCGGGGCCUCAACAACAUCAGGUGUGUCGAGUUCCGGUUGUCGCCGGCGGCGGCGGGCCACUCGCCUGCCCGGCUGCAGUACGACUGUCCGACCUUCCCGCCCAAGGACCAGGGUACCCGGGUGCAGCUGCAGCUGUGCGCCGGCAUGCAGACGGUCAACUACCGCCUGCGGCUGCCCUUCCUCAACAACAUCUCGGAGCCGGCGCUCGCCUCCUGGGAGCCGCUGGUGCUGGUGCACAUGCACCGCUGGGACCGGCUGGUGUUCAGCGUGCAGCGGGCGCCGCCGACGCUCUGCGUGCGCCGCUACUCUCUGCAGCUGGUGCUGUGCGAGCGGGCCGACUGCCAGGCGCACCGGCCCAUCGUCGGCACCGAGCUGCAGCGCGAGGAAGACUGUUCGAAGAGUGGGACGGACGCUGGCAGCUUCCGCGUGGAGUACGAGCUGCCGUCGGUCGGUGGCAACAUCUCGCUGCUGGUGGUGCCCGAGGGCGGCCGGCCCACCCUGUCAGCGGCCAUCGACUACGCGACUCCGGACACGCUGUACAUAGUGGCUGUGGUCAUCCUGAUCACCGUACUCCUGCUGGUUGUCGCCGUCGUCGUCUGGAUCAAGUACUUCCGCAAACUACCCAAAUGCCUGGACGUGCUGGUGGUGUACAACCGCAACACGAAUCUGGUCCGGCUGUUGGCGUCCGGCCUGGAAAAGUACUGUCUGGUGAAGCCAAAGAUGGACAUUGUCGACAUCCCGCGAGCGGACGCCGGAAUGGACCCGGCGGAGUGGCUGACGACGGAGCUGAAGCGCUGUCGGCAUGUGUUGGUGCUGGUGUUCCCCGAUACGACGGCGCCGCCCAUCUACCCUCGCCUCUUCUCGAUGGCGCUUCACCACCUCAAGAUGGACGCCGGCAGGAAGACGGCGGCGGCCCUGACCGAGGCUGUGUGGCUGAUUCCCUCGCCGGCAGAAGAGCCACGUGCCGGUGUCGCUGGCAGCAGACACUUUGGAAAAGGUGGCGCUGCUGGACCGCCAUUCCGACCCCACCGAAGAGGCCUGGAGCCGCCUGCUCGGGCCGCUGCUUGUGCCGCGUUACGUCACAACCGCAGCACAUGA